AAAUAAUGUAAAAAAUGGCGGAUUGAGUUGAUGUUCUUUUCAAGAACAAUCUCGUGGUUUUAAUACCACGCAAAUAAUUUAAUAUGGAUUUUUUUGUGAAGAAAGUAAUGUGAAAUUCAACAUAGAUAAUCAGGAUGACGGACGGUUAUAAACUAGUGUCUGGUGGAGAUGAUAUUAAAUUAUGGAAGUGGCCAGAACUGAAGCUUUUGUACAGUUUAAAACCACAUUCGAACGCUGUCACUUCUCUUGCUUGGAGUCCCAAUAAUAAUUAUUUGGCAAGUACAGCAGUGGACAAUACAAUUGUAGUCACAUCAUUCACAAAGUCAGCACCAGCAUCAAUUGAGCUUGAAGGCUGUGAGAAUGACACAUGUUUGGGCUUCAAUGCCACAUCUCGACAUUUAGUGACUGCUGGAAGGGAUAAAAUUAUAAAUAUUUGGGACCUAAAGACAAGGACAAUCAAAAAGAAAAUAAAGGGUCCAUCAGAUGCAAUAAGUUGUGUGACAUUUAAUUGGAAUGAUACAAGUGUGGCUGUGGGAACCACUAAAGGAGAUAUUGUUUUAAAUAGUCUGUCAACGUCACUUACCUCAAUGCCAAUGCGUUUAUUAAAUACACAGGUUUUAUCUACUAUCACUUUUUCAGACAGUUUACGCCAUUCAAUAUUCACGAUUCAAAAAUCAUUACUGGGUUCUGUCAGCGACGAUGGCGCGUUGAACAUCUGGGAUACAAAUACGAAGAAGAUUUCCUGUUCUUUUCACGAUGGACAUGCGGCGCCUGCGAUGGAUUUAAGUUUUUCACCAAUGAAUGAUAUGUUAUUGGCAACAGUUGGUCUUGACAAGAGGAUUGUGUUUUAUGAUAUAUUGGGGAAAAAGAUUAUUAAGGAAAUGCAAAUCGAAUCCCCACUGACCUCUAUAUCGUUUAUGCACGACGGAGCAACAUUUGCUGUUGGAACAACACGUGGGAAAAUUAGCUUGUACGACCUGCGAUCAGGUAGCACUCCCCUUUCAUCCACCAUGGCUCAUAAAUCCUUGGUGCAGUGUGUCUCAUUCCAGUUGCCACCAAAGUCCAGUAGCUCAUCUUCGUCGUCUGCUACGUUGGCGGCAAAAUUGGUGAGUAGGUCAGCAACGAAUGUUGGCGAUAAGAAAGAGACAACUGCAUCAUUAGUCCAAAGUAUAGCUGGCAAACCUAAAAUUGUCCAAUCAUCUGCUCAUAACGAAAACCAACAUACUGAAGAAAAUGAUUUAUUUUCUCCUCUCAGAGACGGAACAUAUGCGAGCACUGUCAAACUUGUUGAGACAAACCGUGAUGCAGAUGAAAAAAUGAACGCAAAUAUAUCUGAUUAUAAGACAGGUGCAUCAUCGUCUAAAAUUUUCUCUCCAGUCAACAACGAAACAGACUCCUAUCAUUUGCCUCUUCAAAGAUCCGACUCGACUCCAAAUUUAAAUGACGUCACCAUUUCAUCCACCAGUAAAGAUAUACCUUACGUUACCAGGCAACCAUGGGCUGUUUCUAAUAUUGCUUCGAAUUCCGGCGAUCUGCCACCGGAAGCAUCCAAAACAGAGAAAACACGACGAGGAGCUUUAAAACUGGGUAGAAAUAGACCAAGCUUAGGAAGGAGAGCCGUAUCCAGCACGGAACUGAAAGUUAGCAGACAGGCGAGUGAAUUGGGGACGACACAAAAGAUGGCCGAUAUUUCCUUGACGAGUGGUAAAGAAGUCUUGAAUGGUCAAAUCUCGCCUACACCAAAGAACAAUGAAAAGCUUCCCGGCUUUCAUGAAUACCAAAUAAAAUUUGUCAAAAAUCUCAUCGAGGACUCCAUGGACGAAUUCAGGAUGAACUUCCAUCAAGACGUCGUGAAUCUGCAGGUAGAAAUGCUUCGACAGUUUCAAAUCCAACAGAACGAAAUGAAAACGUUAUUACAACAACAUUCAUCGAAUGACGCUCUAGUGGCCGAGAAUGAACGAUUACGGGAAGAAAUUAAACGUCUAAAAUCUACACAUUAAAAUCGAUCAGUUGUGUAUUUUAAUGGGUAUGGAUAGAUCACUUUUGUAUCUUUACGUACAUUGUAGGUCAUUAGUGUAUCUUACGUUUAUCAUUAGUGUAUGAUGUAUAAGACACGUCUCGUAGUGGAGAUUACUAUAAAGUGCUGCUGCUCAAUUGGGACACCCGUUGAGACAAAGCAAAUCUUGCUUAGCAGAGUUAUAUAAUUUUUUGCUGUCUGUUGUACACAAUCUUCCGUGUGAGAAUCGACCAUGAUUUUAUAUAUAUUUAUAAAUGUGUCUUUUUAAAGCGCGGAUAUAAAGUUUCGCUUUCAAAUUUCAUAAGUACUUUCGCUUUCAGUAAGUUGGUUCUGGAGUUGUUAUUGUCAACAUGGGAAGAACUCUAUGAUAUGUAAAACCAGCAGAGAGAAUUAUACUGGAGUAAAAAGAAAGAAAACUUUACCAUAAUAUUAUUUUUUAAAACUUUAGUACAAAUCUUUAGGUAACGUUACAUUAAAAAAAAAUUACGUUGUGAUUGGAUAAAAUUUGAAA